AUGGCGGGAAAGUUUUCGAACGUUUUAGCAAAAUGGAUAGGAAACACAGGACAGAAGAGCGACACCGCCUAUGCGACAUUACAGGAAGAGAUGAAGAAGAUGUUUGAACAAUUAGGGGACUACCUGGGUGAUAUGACCAACGACAGGGACGUGGCAGCCGCAUGUGUAGAUGCAGGGCAGAAGUACCAGAGUAACGGCAGGAUUCAGGACAAGGAAAUCUGCAAAGCGCUUGUAAGAGCAUUAUAUUGGAUGAAUAGACGGGGGAGGUGGUCUGCAGGAGCAAAGGGGAAGGAUGAAGCUGGGGGGGAGAGUCUGAAAGAACUGAACCAAUACUUAAGGUGUAUAGUAGGUUACAGUGCUAUGGUAAGACUUCUCAGUAAUAAGAGGGAUGUGGAGAAAAUUGUGGAAACUGUUCAGAAGGCUGCGGCGGAACCAGUGAAAGGAGGGGGAGCAGGGGGUGAAAAGGGAACUCUGAAUGAAAAAUGCAAUUGGGUUACAUAUGAAGAUAUUUCAUUGGGUACCCAAAUUUUAGGGAAACCUUUGGCAGAGUGGGUACAGAAUUUGAACAGUAAGGCAGGCAUUAUGAGUUUGUACCUCACUUGGACGCUACGGGACCAGGGGACAGGGACAGAGAGGCAGGAAAUUGACGAGAAUAAAGAUCAGAAGAAAGGAGUUAUGGAGUUACUAGGGGAAAAGAAGGCCGCUUCCCUACAGGAAAAAGUUGUUGCAGGAGUUCCAACUUCCCCUCCUGCUGGUGCAGCUUCGCCAGAAGGGAAAUUACAACAAUUCCUGCAGAACGCAGAAUCAUGCAAAGCGGAAGACAGUAAUAACGUACAGAAUUGUCUAAAGAAGAAACUGGAAUUAGCAGUAGGUGGAAGUGAAUGUAAGAGCAGCAGCAGUUUCUGUAGUCGCUUAGAAUGUGUGUUGAAGAAGAAAAAAGGAUUGGAUGGCAGUUCUACGGGGAAGACGACAAACGACGAUGAAGUGCGGGGGGCAGUCAAAACGGAAGUCACAUCAUUCGACAGUGCCCUGUCUACCAGUGCGGGCAACGCCAACGAUAUAGACACUCUGUGCAAUGGCAUCACAUGCCCCAAUGAUAAUGCAAAUGAUUGUGUGAGCAAAACAACAUGUAAAAUUAUGGCUAAAGCAUUAAAGAACAUACAUCAAAUCAAGAAAGAAAACGGAUCCCCUUCUAAGGGGGACGGAGAGAAUGACCGAAUAUUUCGUUCUACCAUUCGUUGUGUAGCACUCAAUGCCUUCAUACACAAAUUAAAGGAACAGGCGAACGAAGGUGGUUAUGUUUGUGCAGUCGAGGAAGGCAUAACUGAAGCAUUUGAGGUUGGGGGCACACAACGCAGUACGUGGUGUAAGGGGAGUGGUAAUGAGAAGGGUUCCUGUGAGGAAUGUGGAAAGGACCAUCAGUGCGUCAGUACUGACGUGGGGGGAAUUAAGCCGUGGGAGGAAGUAAUGAAGGAGUUAAACAAUGAAUCCAACACCAAAGUGAAAUCCACAUUGGAAGGAUUACAUAGUCAGGCCACUUUAUGUGAUCGUCUACACUGUGCUAUAAACCAAUGGAAGAAAACAAAAGGAACACCACAAACACAGAUCAACGACGAAGAAUUUUGGACGACAAAUGUUAAGAACUUGUGGGAUGAAUUAGCAAAGAAAAUGAAGGAGACAAAUGGAAAGGUGAAUGGACAAUGUGAUUCAUUUGAAACUGAAGCUGAGGAGGCGGCAUGCAAGUAUUUGCAUGCCGGCUUAGAACAUCUGUACAAUACGACGACGACGUCGUCGUCGUCAGGAACUGCUAACAGUGAAGUUUUAGACAACCCAUCGUUUAGACAAACGAUGGGUUGUUUUUUACUUCAUUCCUAUGCAAAAUAUAUGCAAAGUAAGGCAACUUGUAAUAUUGAAAAAGGGAUAACACAGGCAUUUGAGUCAUGGAAUAGGAGUACUACUGGUAAAUGCAAUAAUGGUUCCUGUGUUCCAUGCAAAUGGGCAGAUAAUGCCCAAUUGGACAGCUGCAACGUGCCGGCUGGCACAGGCGGCAACACAUCCCUUACGGAGAAUGUAAUGAAGAAAUUGGAAAUGUUUGUCAAUGAAAAGGACUCCAACAUUAGUGCAAUGCUAACUAAAAUAAAUAAAAGGGAUAAUUUAUGUGAUCAUAUGAAAUGUAUAGCAACCCACUUAAAUUCCUCUACCGGACAACAACAACAACAACCGUCGAAUACAACUGCGAAUGAGUUUUGGGAGAAGAGUGUGAAGAAAUUGUGGGAAGAUUUGGCAGAAGCAAUGAUGCACACAAAUGGCAAUGGCACUGGAACUGAGUGUAAUGGAUUCGAUAAUCCAUCUGCGGAAAGGGCAUGCAAUUAUUUGCAUGCCGGUUUUGAAAAACUGAAGAGCAUUUCCUCGUCCACAGCAACUAAUGGAGGUGAUUACCCAAUCCUAAGUAAAGACUCAUCGUUUGUCCAAACAGUGGGUUGUUUCUUACUUCAUUCUUAUGCAGAACAUAUGGAAAAAAAAUCGACUUGUGUUAUUACUGCUGGUAUAAAACAGGCAUUUGACACUGCUGGUACGAAUGGUAUUAGUGUCCCUUGCCAAUGGAAUGACGACGACUAUGACACUUGCAGAAUUAUCACAAAUGGAGGCAGUGGCAGCACAACACCAACGAAAGUAAAGCCCAAAGUGAAAGGAAUGGUCGAAGGCAAUGACCCAGACACUGAUUCCAUCAUAAAGAACAUAAAUGAAAUGAAGACUUUAUGUGAUGGUUUAAAAUGUAUAGCAUCUCACUUAAAUUCGCCUAAUGCACAAAAGAAUUUUCCGAAUGUGACGCAAUUUUGGGAGAGUGGCGGCGAAGUGGGACAACUUUGGACAGAAUUGUCCGAAGCAAUGUUACAAAAUGUGGACAAGGACAACGGAGGUCCAUGUAGGACAAUGGAUGAUGGCAGUGCCACUGGCAGUGGCGCUGCCAAUGGCACUAGACCUGCCACGAAACCUGAAAAGAAGGCAUGCAAUUAUUUACAUGCCGGUUUCAACAGACUGAAAGAAAAUCUAACGCAGGAUGCUACGAAGUAUCCAAUCCUGUCUCAACACCCAUCGUUGAGACAAACGAUGGGUUGUUUCCUUCUUAAAGAAUAUGCAAAACAAAUGCAAGGUAAAUCGACUUGUCUUAUCGAAUCAGGAAUAAAGAAGGCUUUUAAGGUUGGUGGUGCAGUUCUUAAGGGUACUUGCAAUGGUGGUGCCAGUGGCACGGAACCCUGUGUUCCGUGCCAAUGGAAAGAAAAAGACUAUGACAACUGCCAAAUUACCACAAAUGGCAACGCCCAAACGAAAGUAACGCAAAAGUUAACAUUAGUUAAGGAUAAAAUUGACGGCACCGCAACUACCACCAUGGAACAAGUAAAUAAAAUGACGUCUUUAUGUCAACAACUCCAAUGCGCCGCAUCCAAUUGGUUCAAAAACCACAGUAACGUUAAUAGUGGUACUCCAACGAAGAAGGAUUGGAAUGAAAUAAGUGGUGUCGUUGAAGCGGAAUUAAGGAACCUUCUUGAAGAAAUGUCUAAGAAGAAUGAUGAUUCAACUUUUAACCAAUACUGCAACGACGUCGGUUCGCCGACAAACGACACAAAAGGAGAAAUAACUGCCAAGCAAAAAGCUUGUAGGCUUUUUGCUUCAGGUUUAAAACACAUUUCUGAUAUUAAAAAGGAUAAAGGCCAAGACCCUGAUGUACCACUUAUAAAAACUAUGAUGUGCGCAGCACUUAAUCUUUAUGCUGAUGAAUUAAUUUCAAAAUCAACAGAUCAAUGUCCUCUCGAUGGAACUAAAUUGGGACAGGCAAUAAAACACGCUUUUGGUAAAAGUAAUGACAUUAUGGGGAAUAAAACAGCUUCUUCAUGCUCAGUUGGUACUAAUGAUCCUAAUUCUUGUUUUAUUUGCGAAAGACAAAACCCUUUUUCCCCUUGCAAAAUUGGCUCUGACGAAAUAAAAAGCAAUAUGACCGAACUCAUCAAAGAAAACGACAAAACCAACACCACCAACAACAGAACCGACCCCAACAACAGCACCCCUAACAUGGAAAAAACACUAGACAAAAUAAACAGUAAGGACACUUUCUGUACUCAAGUCCAAUGUGCCAUUAAACAACACUACAACAAAAACAAAAACAAAAAUGGACAGGCAGGUGUAAUGGCCACACCUAAUUGGAGCGAAAUCGAAAAUGACGCCAAAGGCGAAUUAUCGAAACUUCUAGGACAUAUGUUGCAACCUUCGGAGCAGAAUGCAGUUACCCAAUACUGCCAAGACUACGAUUGGUAUACUUUAGGCCAUAAACAAAGCAAAACAAAUAAAGCAGCUUGUUUACUUUUUGCUUCAGGAUUAAAGCACAUUUAUAACCACGGUAAUGGCCGUGUUAAAAGCCCUGUUAAGGGCCCAUCGUUUGGACAAACGAUGGGUUGUUUAUUUCUUAAAGAAUAUGCAAAACAAUUAAUAGAUUUGGCAGAUAAAGAAAAAAAGCAUAAGGUACAUCCGAAAUGUAGCGUAGAGGAUGGUAUAAACUACGCUUUUGGUAAAAGUAAUGCCAUUAUGAAUGCAACACCUCCAUGCGACAAGAGUAGUAAUUCUUGUUUUGAAUGCAAACUGAACGACUAUGAAGAUUGCAAAAUUGGCACUGCCAAUGUAAAGGACAAAGUCAAAUCACUACUCCAAUCGGAACAAAACCUAAUGGAAGAAACAUUAUCGAAUACACUUUGUCCCAUCCUUCCUAUGGAUCUCCUUACCCCUUUUCUUCCUUUGGCUCCUGUCUCUAUUGGCCUUUCUGCUAUGGCUUAUUACCUUUGGAAGUAUUUUGGUCCUCUUGGUAAAGGAGGACCACGUUUCAGAAGAUCUCCUGCUGAAAUACGCGGUCCAUCAGUACAAGAACAAGUCCUCGAUCAUGUGGAUGCAGGUGCUUCACAUGAAUAUCGAUUGGUGAAAGAACGAAAACCUCCAUCUGCUCCAACAAGAACAAAACGUUCUGCUGGUGUGAAUCGUCGCACGAUUAUUGAAAUUCAUUUUGAAGUGUUGGACGAAUGUCAAAAGGGGGACACACAAUUGAACCAGAAGGAUUUUCUGGAACUUUUGGUUCAAGAGUUCAUGGGAUCGGAAUUUAUGGAAGAAAAACAGGUUCCUAAGGAAGAGGUUCUUAUGGAAGGGGUUCCAAUGGAAAGUAUUCCUUUGGAGCAGGUUCCAAUGGAGCGUGUUCCAAGUUUAGGUUCCGGCUUUAUGGUUUAG